AUGGCCUCCAGUGACUUGACAGUAGGAGUGAUCUUCUUAUCCCAAACCAUAGUUGGAUUCCUGGGGAAUUUCUUUCUUCUUUACCAUUACAGUUUCUUCUAUUUCACUAGAUACACAUUGAGGUCUACAGAUCUGAUUAUCAAUCACCUGACUGUAGCCAACUCUUUGGUCAUAUUCUUUAAAGGAAUUCCACAGACAAUGGCAGCUUUUGUGUCAAAGUAUUACCUGAGUGAUAUAGAGUGCAAACUUGUCUUCUAUGUUCACAGAGUGGGCAGGGGUGUGUCUAUGGGCAGCACCUGCCUCUUGAGUGUCUUCCAGGCCAUCACCAUCAGCCCCAGAGACUCCAUGUGGGCAGAGCUGAAGCUACAAGCUCCCAAACACACUGGCAAUUUCAGCAUCUUGUGCUGGAUCCUGAACAUAUUGGUCAAUAUCCAGAUUCUUCUGUACAUGAGUGGCAAAUGCAACUGUAAAAACAGCACUAAAAUAACUGACUAUGGAUACUGUUCAGGGACUGUUAGCAGCAGUACUGUACAACCAGUACAUUACUUACUGUUAUCAUCGUAUGAUGUUUUGUGUCUGGGACUCAUGAUCUGGGCCAGCGGCUCCAUGGUUUUCAUCCUGUUAAGGCACAAGCAGCGAGUCCAACACAUUCAUGGAACCAGCCCCUCUCCCUCGUGA